CAACAAAAAAUUGUUGUAAGCAGAGCUUGUUCCAGAAUGGCUGCUGAGCAAAACCCAGAUUUAAAAAAUGACGGUUUAAAUUCCUCAACUACUCCAUCGUCCUUGCAAGAUCUAUUACUUUCGAAAAUUAGAAAGGGCUUGAAGCCGACAGAAACAAAAUUGACAAAAACUGAUGGCGUCAUAACUUUACUUGAAAAUAAAGGAUCGGAUCCUAUAGUAGGUAGGAAUAGCUCAACAUUUCCGAACCGUGGGUAUGGAUUCGUAGUAGACACCAAACCAGAUUUCAGUGUUGGAGAAAUUCGUCCGUGGCUUUUUAUUUCUUCUCAAGACGUUCCAAGUGAUGUGAGUUUAAUUUCUCAUCAUAGAAUAACUCACGUCUUAUCUCUACUUUCUGACUUUGAAUUGGACAGCGCCGUAAAUCUUUUGAUUAAAUCUCAUUUGGUGCUGGACGUCUUCGAUGAAACUAACUUUGACUUAUUAUCUAGUCCGAUAAUUAGUGAAGCCCUGGAAUACAUUCACAAGUGCAAGUUGCAAAACGAUCGCCUGUUAGUUCAUUGCAACGCUGGCUUAUCUAGAGCUCCCUCAAUUGUCAUGCUCUACUUGAUGAAGAUGGAAAACUUGAAAUUUGAAACUGUUUUCAAACAAAUUAAAGCUGCGAGACCUCAUGCAAAUCCAAAUGCCGGAUUCCUUCAGCAGUUGAAAUCGCUUUAUGAGUGAGAAGGAAGCUAAAGUGUGCUGUGUCAGUGAGUGC